AUGUCUGUUACUGAUAAAUUGAUUAAAAAGUAUCAAGAAAAAUUUGACAAAACAAUCAACCACCCGCUAACCAAGGAAUUGUGUAAUGGUACUUUACCAGAUAAAACCUUAUACAUUUAUUUAGAACAGGAUUUGAAAUUUUUCCAUGUGGGGUUAAGAACAAUUUUGAAAACUACAAUGUUGGCACCUGAAAAUGAUGUCAUGAUGAGAUUAGCCAAGCAAGUAGGUUUUUUGGCUAAUGCUGAACACGGUUAUUUUGAGCAAGUUUUGAAGUUAUUAGAAUCAUCUAUUGAUACUAAGAACACUAAAAUACCUGAGGUUUUGCCUGAGGUUGGUGUAUAUUUGGAUUUUCUAAAGAAUUUGACUACUGACCAUUCCAUUACCUAUGAACAACUAAUUACAUUCUUAUGGUGUUCUGAAUUUUGCUAUUUAAGGUGGGCUCAAAUUGCUGAAGAGCAAAAGUUGAUUCCUUCUGAUUUGCAUUGGAAAUACAAAGAAUGGAUUAAUUUGCACAGUGGUGAGCACUUUGAAGAAUGGACAUAUUUUUUACAGGCUCAAGUUGAUAAAAUAAAUGUUUCAAAAAACUUUGCUGAUAUCGAAAAAAUAUUCGAACAAACCAUUGAUUUGGAAUAUAAGUUUUUCGAAUCCUGUUAUACUUUUAAAUUCUGA